AUGUGGGCCUUAUCCUCGACUCCGACCAUUCCGGGAGAGUUCCCGUGUCAGUCAAUCUUCAAAAACUUCAACCACCUUUUCUGGAGAGCAAAAGAACUAGGUGCGACGGAUGAACAGCUUGAAUCAUUCCCCUGGAUCAUUUGGUUCAUAUGGAAGGCUAGGAAUGAAAAAGCUUUCAACGGUGAAGAGAUCUCGGCUCUUGAUACGGCUCAAUGGGCUAAGAGUGAGGCCGAUGUUUGGAAGAUGGCACAAGUAGUGUCGUCUAAGGUAGACAAUGAUGUCCUACCCGAUAUUCCGUCUCAAACUGACGAGCAACGCAUUUGGCCUCAAUGCCACACAGACGCAUCAUGGGACAAAACAAGCAACCUCGUUGGACUAGGGUUUCAUUUGGACAAUGAGGAUGGAUUAAGCCUAUAUGGAGCAAAGACAUCAAACAAUACACAAUCAGCGACACACGCGGAACUGGAUGCUAUCAAUUGGGCAAUGUAA